AUGGUUCUGGUCGGUACGGGCACUCUGAUCCAUAAUAUCUCUGCUAAUUUGAUGAAAUCGAGUUUUGAGGUUUUAGUAUUUCGUUCACUUAUAAAUGUGGAAAAUUUGGUGGUGGCUGGUUACGGUGGUGGUGAAUUUGGUGGUGGAUGGUUACGUGGUGAACUUGGUGGUAGUGAAUUUGGUGGUGUCUGGUUACGAGGUGGCGACGGAAUUUCUGGUGGUUGUGGAGGUGCUAUUGGUGAUGGUGGUGGAAAUAUGGACGGAGGUGGUGGUUGUGGUGGAGGUUUUGACGAUGAUGGUGAUGAUAGGCGAAGAAAUCAGGUGUUGUUCAUUAGAGGUGGUGUCGUGAACGGGAGUGGUAGCGGUGAAAAUAAAGGCGAGGAUAAUGAAGGAAGUGGUUUUUAA